AUGGCGUCGGUGCGCACAUUUCAGCUGCCACACUAUCAUGCCUACCCUGUCCACGUGGCCCUGUUCAAGGAUGUCGCAAACGCCUCACAUCUCAGGCGUCAGCUACUAGAUGCCAAUCCGCAUUUCGACUAUGCCUUUUUGGACGCGUCAAUGAUCAUCUCACCCCAGCACCUCCUCUCCGCCACCUUUAUUGCUCUCCACAACUUCUUGACUGAGCGAGCAAAGACGCGCACUCCACACUCGGAGCUCGUCUUUCGCCUCUCCCCCAACAACAACAUUGGUGAAUCCUACAAGAAGUUUGGCAUCUCAGACUCGUCGACUGCAAUCAUUGCCGUCAAGUUACCCCUCUCUGCAUCCGCUCCCCAUGGUACCUACGUCAAGGAUGAGUCCAUCACAAAUCAAACCGUGAGCGCCCAUCUCGGCAGCGUUGUGCACGGGUCCAGCAUCGAGAUUGCCGACAACGGUCAAGAACUGGGCUCCUUCUGUCAACUAGACAAGGUCCGCAAGGUCUACAAGCUGGCCAGUGCUGACCGUGCUUCUCGAAGCAACACCACCACCAAACAAGCCAACGGGGACAAUCACGGAAAUGACUCUCAAGACGAAAAGGCCUACAUCGAGAGUCUAGUCCUAGGAACCAUGGCUCUCAAAGGAUCCUGA